CUCGUUGGAGUAUGUUAGACGUCCCGUAAAUAAAACUUUAUUAUUAUUUUUUAUACGCCUAGUGAUUUGUCCAAUUAUUGUAUUCUCAUAUAAAUUAUUGUGUACGCGUACAUGGUUUGUGAAAUUAAGUGCUAAUCUUGUGUUAUUUAGAUCACAGAAGUUUUGUGUGUUUUGUGUCUUGUUUUCGUGGAGAGCAACAUAACUUUUUGUCUUUUUGGAUUUAUGUUUUAUUGGAUUCGGUGAUGUUCGGCGGGACGGUUGGAGCGGUCUCGCCGACUGGUGAAGACCUGCUCACCGUCACCGUGGUGAGGGACGAGCAUGGGUACGGCAUGAAAGUUUCCGGUGACAAUCCGGUGUACGUUCAAUCGGUAAAGGAGCACGGUCCUGCGUGGCGGGCGGGGCUUCGAGCCGGCGAUCGCAUACUACGUGUGGACUGUGUGCCCGUUUUGCAUCACACGCACCAGGAAGUCGUACACAUGAUAAAGGAGAACCCGACUAUGGUUGUCUUAACAGUGCAGCAGAGUUCAAGACAUAAAAGGCCCAUAACUGCGCCAGUGCCAGUUAAUCCGGAAAAGCAGCGGCAGAUUGAGAAACAAAAGGCUGAAACAGUGCAGCUUAUGUUAGAGAAGGAGCUUAAAUAUAUUAGGGAUUUAAGAAAUGAGCUCCUAAAAGUACCCGACGUCCGCAAACAAGCAGAGUUAGAAUCCGCCGAGCAGCGAUGCUCGCAAUUACAGCACAAAAUCGACAGCAUUAUGGCCGGACAGCCGGACGUGGUCGCACCGUCUACGCCGCGGCUCGCCCGUUCGAAAGACACGAACGACAAACCGACCCCGAAUACCGGUUUUCUAAGCGGUUUACCGAGAUCGCUCAGCAAUCUAACCGGGCAGAGUCUCAGGAACCUAAGACAGGCGAGACAGAAUAAGUUCCAGCAGGAGAACCAACCGCCCUUACAUAGACAGAACUCGGAUGAUGGCAAGAAGAGACAUAAUAAUACAGUGCCAAUGGUGCCUACCACUUGUCUGGAUAGUUCACCGCCUCCACUACCACCCAGGUCGAUAGAACGGCCGAAGAGGAGUCCUCUGACACCGCCUGUUACUACCUCUGCUGAUGGUAUGAAGCAAGCGAACCCAUUGGCCAUGCCAAAGCCGGCCUAUUACAAGUACAACCCGUCAGUCCUUCGUGAGGAGUUCCGGCGGUCUUCACAUUCCCUGGACGGCGAGUUAGAUGGACCUCAGCCUAACUCCAUCGCGCUACAGAUGAGCUAUCCCCUGGUCAAUUUGCCGCCGCCACCGCUCUUGAAUGACAACCGAAACAGCGUACCGGUAAUGCAUGUAAGGAGUCAAUCUUCACCAGAACAUCUAGACCACGAGUUACCUAGAACGAGUGGUGCAGCUGAAAAAGAGGCGUGGUCCCGUGGCACUCCGCCACCCGGCACUCCUCCUCCGCCCUACCCGCAUUCCACGCAGCCCUGUUCAGAUCCACAAAGAGCUAUAAUAUCAAUGGAAGAAGACGACGCCCCGACAUCUGAGAACACGACGUACGCGGGAUUAUUUUCUAAUUUGCGGACCGUACGAGAUUCGAAAGCGAGAAUGGCUGUACUUAUCAAUUGGCUGUUGGGUGAGAGACGAUGCCCAUGCGCAAGUCUGGUGCUAGUUCUGACGGACGCGUAUCGAGCGGCAGGAGGUGUACCGGCUGCUACGCUUCGACGAUGGGCAUAUGAAAUACACUCGGUUUUCCUCAUGCCUAAUGCGGUCUUACAUCUGAAUGGCGUAGAUGAGAACAUGGCUAAUGAAAUAGAACAUGUAUUAGUAAACGAAUUCGAGAAAGAGGAGAUUCUGAGAAACGUCUUCCGUAAAGCGCGGAGACAAGCCAAGGAUGAAUUGUCGCGGCAGUUGAGCGAAUUUCAACUGAAACGACAACUUGGACUUGCGACGCUCUACGGCCCAGAUGAUGACACGUUGCAGAUGUGUGAUGUUGAUAAGACGCAGGAGGUAGUGGUGGUAGAGCGUAUAAUGUGUAGCCGCCUCCGCGCCGUGUCGCAAGGUGGCGCCGCCGGCCCCUGCGGGAAUACGUCCACGGACGCGCACGCAACAGUGCUCGCUGCGUUGGUUGCCGCAGCGCUGUGUUUGCAUUGCAGGCCGGCAUCUGUUGCGGCUGCAGUGGGUGGCUCGCGUCCCUCCUUCUUACAACGAGAUAAACUGUACAAGCAGCGACUAAAGCAGCUAGCGAAACAGCAUCCACAGCCUUUCAUAGUGCGAGGCCACCAUUUGCAGUUGCGCGCUUUAACGUCAGUUGCCCAUUGCCAUCACUGCGAUAUGACUAUAGGCGGUCUGGCACCACAAGCCGUUGUAUGCACAGACUGCAAACUCCGAUUACACAGAGAAUGCGUUCGUAAAGUGGAAGAGACAUGUUGUCUCGAUGGCGAACAUCACAACAACCGGAUAUCACGAUUUAUGGAGAGAAUACAUCCUAACAAUAUGCCAAGUCAAGACUCAAGCGAUCGGAAAUCUCGAAAGUCGUCUGGAACUGCGAACUUUCUUAACAUGGAACGCAGUUUUCGGAAGAUGGAAGAUGAGCCCACCUGGGAACAGACCCUCACGCCUACUCACAAUCAAGGUGAAUCAAGGCGUGAAGGCUCGACAGAAGAGCAAUCAACUCCCGAUGUAGACAACGAUGGUGGCGAAAGUAACGCCAAAGAAGUACCAGAGAAGGAACACAACUGGCGGGGUUCGAGUGCGACAUCGCGCGGUGUUAACCGAGCCGAGAGUUGUCGCGAGCGUGACGCGCCUAGACGGGGCAAACAUCGCAAUGCAUCUGAUCCCAACCGUCUCACCGCACAUCCUAACCAUGACCUGGAACCAGGAGCGGGAACAGCGCCUUCGGGUAGUUCCAGCAGUUCCAGCUUAUCAUCUCGGAGUAACGAGAGUAGCUCUGUUGCGGCUGAACAACAAGAUUGGUCAGAUGAAGAAGAGCCCCUGGCAGCACAAUGGUCGGACAGUCUGCCGCCAGGCGUACGAGACACCAUAGUGCUAAGUGCUAGGCUACGCAAGCGACAAGAAGUUAUACAUGAAUUGAUUGUCUCUGAAGCAUCUCACGUGCGUUGGCUUAAAGUGCUUGGCGGUGAUUUCCUGAGGCCCUUAGAGCGACAGGCCAAUCUUCUAGCUCCUGAAGAGUUGAGAGCGCUAUUCCCAAACUUGCCCAGUGUUAAAGAACGCCACUUAAGACUGUACUCAGAAUUGAGGACUGUACGAAACGAGGCGCCCAAUCACGUUGUACAAAUACGGCCCGUUGCUGAUGCUAUGCUUAAUACGCUGGGAGAAGCCGGCUACUCCUCGUGCCUGGCUAAAUUUUGUCGGGGGCAGCGUAUGGCGCUUGAAGCAUUGCGGGAGCGCCGGCGUAAGAAUAAAGAAUUACACCAGUUUUUGGCUGGAAGGGAACAAUUGCCUCGCUGUGGUAGGCUGCAGUUGAGGGAUUUGCUUGCCUGUGUUUGGCAGAGGUUGACGAAAUACCAACUACUGCUAGAAGGUAUCCUUAAGACAGUGACAGAAGAUCAAAGUGAAGAUGACCCAGAGAGCGAAGAAGAUAUAGCUCAGCUUCGCAAAGCUUUGAACACGGCUAAAGAUGUAUUGCAUAGUGUUGAUACUGCUAUACGGACCUCGGAGAAUGAGCAUAGAUUGAGAACAAUUCAAAGUAAGCUGGAAGUGCGAGCUCCCAUGACUCCCGAGUGGGAGGAGCUACGUCGCCUGGAGUUGCCUCAUCACUCGCUUCGUAUAGAGGGGGAGUUACUUGUGCGCACUGACACUAAAAAGAUGACCGUUCUUGCACUGAUGCUGGAUGAUAGCCUGGUUCUCCUACAGCGUGAAGCUGACAGGUUUUUAUUGAAGCCCAUAGCGCAUCCCUCGCAGAAUACAAUGCUGUCACCGCUUAUCAAGUGGGAUAAAGUUCUUUUCCGUCCGAACGCUGCCAUGAGAAAUACAUUCUUCCUCAUGAACAUCAACGGCUUUCAAAUGCAUGAGCUGUCCACCAACACUGCAGCCGAAUAUUCUACAUGGGUGAGACUGAUACAAGAAUCGCGUUUGGCUGAAACUAAACCCACACUUACGUCUACACAUCAACACACGAGAUCCACUGAUGACUCUGGAAUAAACGUAUCGAGAAAUCCGUCUGAUGCAUCCGAGAAGUCGGCGUCUAGCGCUCCACCAGACGAUACCUGUGACAGCGACCGCGAUGUGCGGGACAAGGACAAGGAGAGAGAGAAAGAGACGAAUGAUAGAGCCUCCGCGGAGCCAGAAAGAGAGAAAGCUUCGUUAGAGCGAGAAGAGAAAACUGAACGGUUGAAUAGAUCUGUAUCUGUUGAGACGGACAAUGCGGAAGAUAAACACAGAAGGCGACCAACAGUGGGGCGUAUAACGACGCAUGUGUGUGAUCCAGAAAGUGAAGUUGCGUUGGUAGAGGGCGGGGCUGUGACCGUACGUCCGCCUCUUAGCGACGUACUCACUGCUCAGAGAGUCUUGUCUCACACAGAACGUCUCCGACGCCUUGACGAGGCGAUAUCCCAAGCAUUACAAGCGAAAAGUGCGGUAAUAGCCGAGUUGUUAGGCGUUCCUCCCGAAAGCUACAGCCACAUGGCGGAACUUGCCGUUGCGGAAACAAUGGGACAAGUCGACUUAUGUGGAGACCUUCGUCCUAACGAUGUAUCAAAUGGUGAACCGGACGUUCAUCAACUGCUGUUGGCUGCGCAAGCACAAGCGAAUCAACUGACCGAAGCGCUAAGCAGUGCGCUGUCCCUGAGUGAGACGAGUGCGGUGCGCGCGCGCAGCGGACGAUGCGACUCAUGUCGGAGUAGGACAUUGCGACCUUCCGCCACGCCCCGUAAUGAUGAAUCGGCAGACAACUGGACGCUGGUAGAAGACUCUCGACCGGGUGACGCGUCACAUCUCUCUGAGAUGGCCCCAACUCAGUCGGUCGAUCAGUCGUUCGACUUGUUGACUGAUGUUGACAACCAAUUGCGGGAGCCUACCGUUGAUGCGGCUUUUGCGGAAGAAAUAAGCGCAACGGGUGAAACCCAAUUGGCUCGGAACUUAGUGGGCGUGGCUUGCGGUCUACAGGCGUCUCUCGGGCGGCUGGUGGCUGCCCUUCCAGCACUGCAACAAGAUCGUGCCUCCUUAAGAUCAAGCCUCGCGGCUGCAAGGGAACGGGCUGAGAGGCUCGCUCAUGAUAAAAAAGUCAGUGAAGACAAGACGUUUCCAAAUGAUAAUGUGGACCAUUCAAUACAGGACCAACCCAGUAACGGAGGCUGAUCUCAUCUGGCGAAUUAACUAAAUUGACUUUCGACCAAAAAGCUGGUCUUUUGACUUUGUGCAACGCCAUCUCUCGGCCAAUUCCAUCAAAAUCCCAACGGGUUGAAUCGAUCGCCGAUAUCGAGUAAAGCGAUUCGAAAUUGUAUAUUUUGUAAUAAUUUUUUUUCUGUUACCUUUUUCUGUAAGUAGUAUUAAAAAUUUAUUUUAUUCCAUACGUAAAUUGUGAUCACUUGUAUAGAGAAAAUCAAUAUUUCUGUCUCGCAAAUUUUAAGUUAUGUAAUGUAAAUAAAUCUUUAAUUUUAUUUGACAGCCACGUGUAUAUUUUAUCGAAAAGUAUUAUUGGACAAUACAAAAUCAUUUUGAUCGUAAGCAGCUUCUGUCUGAUUUUUUCAGUAGGUUUUUUAUAUGUGUUUAAAAUUUAAAUUCAAUUAUACUAUGUUAAGAAUUUUUUUAUUGAUUUUGGUUGUUCGUAAAAGUUUUUGCACAGAUUCAGCUAUUUUUAUCACUAAGCAUUUUUUGGUAAAUUACAUUUCCGAUAUAUAUUAAAAUAGUACUUUAAUGUUAAAAGUAAGCGGCUGUUAUUCCACGAAUAAAACUUUGUUACGUCGGUAGUAGUUAAGAGAAAAUGCCCACGAGAUACCUUUAAUGCCAUAUUCUGAUACUAAUGUCCAAACCGAUCAAAAUACGCAUUUUUUCAUAUAAACGUCAAUAUACCCACUUUUUAGGAAUACUAGAAAUAAAAAAAACUAUUUUAUAUUGUAAAGUAUAUGCUUUAAAUAUUACAUUUAAUAAAUCUUUACAAUUAACAAGUACCCACAUUUUUUUG